CGUCGCUCCCUCGGCAGAGACGGACGGGGAGGGGACGAGGCUGAGGCUGGAGACCGGAGACCGGAGACCGGGGCUGAGGAGAACAACCUGCCGCCUCCGUCUGUGCCGAGGCUCUGAUGGAGUGAACGCGGGGAAACAAACGAGCCAGCGCCGUUUUCUGCCUCCGCCAUGGAAACGAUUCCUCGCUCAUCUCAGUGAAGCCUGGGGGCCGGGGCCUCAAGAUGAUGUGCGAGGUGAUGCCCACCAUCUCGGAGGACGGGCGUGGCGGCGGAGGAGGUGGCUCGUCCUCGCCGGCGGGCGGAGGAGGAGGAGGAGGCAUGGGCGGAGGGAUGGGAGGCAUAGGCAGCGGCUACAGCAGCCGGGAGGCCCGCAGCGGUAGCAGCGGCGGGGAUGAAGGAGGGAGCACGGGAAACCUGGAGUCACUGAUGGUAAACAUGUUGACGGAGAGGGAGCGUCUGCUGGAGAGUCUGAGGGAGACACAGGACAGUCUGGGCACCGCCCACCUACGACUGCGAGAGCUGGGCCACGAGAAGGAGUCGCUCCAGAGGCAGCUGUCCAUCGCUCUGCCACAGGAGUUUGCAGUGCUGACCAAAGAGCUGAACCUCUGUCGGGAGCAGCUGCUGGAGAGAGAGGAGGAGAUCGCGGAGCUGAAGGCUGAGCGCAACAACACACGGCUGCUGCUGGAGCACCUGGAGUGCCUGGUGUCGCGUCACGAGCGCAGCCUGAGGAUGACGGUGGUGAAGCGGCAGGCCCAGUCCCCAGCAGGCGUCUCCAGCGAGGUGGAGGUCCUGAAAGCCCUCAAGUCCCUGUUUGAGCACCACAAAGCUCUGGACGAGAAGGUGCGGGAGAGGCUACGGGUGGCUCUGGAGCGAGUGGCGGCCCUGGAGGAGGAGCUGCAGUCGUCCUCGCAAGAGGUCGUGUCUUUAAAGGAACAAAUCAAGAGACGGCAGCAAGGACUGGACAACGGCAAAGAGCGGCUUCCCAACGGACCUUCCUCCAUCUUGGACGACGGAGAAACUGACCGGCAGAGAGAGGGUGAGAUAGAGCGACAGAGGUCGGAGCUGGGGCAGCUGAAGGAGCGACUGGCGCUCAUGUGCAGACAGGUCGGGGAGAUCGAGGAGCAGCUGACGUCGGCCAGGAGGGAGCUGGCCCGGUCCGAGGAGGCCAACCAGAAACUACAGAGGGACGUGAAGGAGGCACUUUGUCAAAGGGAAGACAUGGAGGAGAGGAUCACCACGUUAGAACGCAGGUACCUGAGCGCCCAGAGGGAGGCAACAUCUCUCCACGACAUUAAAGACAAACUGGAGAACGAGUUGGCCAGCAAAGAGUCUCUGUACAGACAGAGCGAGGAGAAGAACCGGCAGCUCCAGGAGCGUCUCGACGACGCCAAGCAGAAGCUGCAGCAGACUCUGCAGAGAGCGGAGACGCUGCCCGAGAUCGAGGCCCAGCUCGCCCAGAGGGUGGCAGCACUCAACAAGGCGGAGGAGCGUCAUGGCAACUUUGAGGAGCGACUGCGACAGAUGGAGUCGCAACUGGAGGAGAAGAACCAGGAGCUACAGAGAGCGAGGCAGAGGGAGAGGAUGAACGACGAACACAACAAGCGUCUCUCCGACACGGUGGACAAGCUGCUGUCAGAGUCCAACGAGAGGCUGCAGCUCCAUCUGAAGGAGAGGAUGGCGGCGCUGGAGGAGAAGAACGCUCUGUCUGAGGAACUGUCCAACAUGAAGAAACUCCAGGACGACCUCUUAGCCAACAAGGACCAACUGAUCGCGGAGCUGGAGAGGCUUCAGCUGGAGUUGGAUCAGCUGAGAGCGAGACCCGGUGGCUCUUACUCCAGUCGCUCACUGCCAGGUAGCGCUCUGGAGUUACGGUAUUCCCACGGGGGCGGGUCCCUCCCGACAGGUUCCACCACUCACCUGGAUCCCUUUGGCAACACUUCCAGUGGGGGAGUGGUCCGGCGGAGUCACCGUGCUCGCUGGAGCUCUGCGCGGGAAGACUCCACCAAGUACCCAGACUGGGAGAGCGGGGGUCUGCUGGGGUCCGGGUUCGAGCCCGGCGUGGACGUGGGCUGCUCUGACGACGAGGACGAUGGCGACCACCGCUUUGGCUCCGAGCUGCUGUCCCCCAGUGGACAGACGGACGUGCAGACUCUGGCCAUCAUGCUGCAGGAACAGCUGGAGGCCAUCAACAAGGAGAUCAAACUGAUCCAGGAGGAGAAGGAGAACACGGAGCUGCGCGCCGAGGAGAUCGAGAGCCGGGUCAGCGUGGCGUUGGACAGCCCGCCCAUUCCUCCGACCUCGCUGGGCAGAGACGGCACGGGACGGGGCUUCAUCCCGUCGUCCAUCACGUCCUCCACCCUGGCCUCCCCCUCCCCCCCCAGCUCGGGACACUCCACCCCUCGCCUCCCUCACUCCCCGGCCCGUGAGACUGACAGACAGAACAACAAAGACGACGACCGCUCGCUCGCGCUCCUCGACUCCACGCCCCCUCCCACCCCCCGUGCGCUGCGGUUGGACAGGAUGGCCCUCACCCACCCGGGCGCCAUGCUGGACGACCCACGGGACUUCCGCAGUCUCUCCGCAGACGGCAGCAGCUCCAACAGCAGCCAAGACUCCCUCCACAAAUCCAGUAAGAAGAAAAGCAUCAAGUCUUCCAUCGGUCGGCUUUUUGGGAAGAAGGAGAAGGGGAGGAUGGGCCAGCCUGGGCGGGACGGAUCCACUUCACUUGCAUCGACUCCGUCCGAGGACCUGGCCUCUGGAGAUCCCAUGGGCAUGAACAAGACCGGGACUCUGGGUCCGGCAGAUAAAGACCGCCGCAGCAAGAAGAAACACGAGCUCCUGGAGGAAGCUUGUCGCCAAGGACUUCCCUUUGCGUCGUGGGACGGACCCACAGUCGUGUCCUGGUUGGAGCUGUGGGUGGGAAUGCCGGCCUGGUACGUCGCGGCCUGCCGCGCAAACGUGAAGAGCGGCGCCAUCAUGGCCAACCUCUCCGACACGGAGAUCCAGAGGGAGAUCGGCAUCAGUAACCCGCUGCACCGCCUCAAACUGCGGCUCGCCAUCCAGGAGAUGGUGUCGCUGACCAGCCCGUCUGCGCCGGCCAGCACUCGCUCUUCGACCAGUAACGUGUGGAUGACCCACGCUGAGAUGGAGUCCCUGAACGCAGCGACCAAACCUCCAGAGCUGAAGGAGUUCAGCUGGGACCAGAUUCUGGCCUACGGCGAUAUGAAUCACGAGUGGGUGGGCAACGACUGGCUGCCCAGCCUGGGCCUCCCGCAGUACCGCAGCUACUUCAUGGAGUCCCUGGUGGACGCGCGCAUGCUGGACCACCUGACCAAGAAGGAGCUGAGGGGACAGCUCAAAAUGGUGGACAGCUUUCACAGGGUCAGUUUGCAUUACGGCAUCAUGUGCCUGAAGCGCCUGAACUACGAUCGCAAGGAGCUGGAGAGGAGGAGAGAGGAGAGCGCACACCAGAACAAAGAUGUGAUGGUGUGGUCCAACGAGCGAGUGAUGUGCUGGGUGCAGACGAUCGGUCUGAAGGAAUACGCCGACAACCUCCGGGAGAGCGGCGUCCACGGGGCGCUGCUGGCUUUAGACGACACUUUCGACUACACCGACCUGGCGCUGCUGCUGCAGAUCCCCAACCAGAACACGCAGGCCAGGCAGCUCCUGGAGCAGGAGUACAACUCCCUCAUCACCAUGGGAACCGAGAGACGACCCGAUGAGGACGGAACAAAGACGUUCACGCGCUCGCCGUCCUGGAGGAAGAUGUUCAGGGAGAAGGAUCUGAGGGGCGUGACCUCCGACUCUGCCGAGACCCUGCCUGCGAACUUCCGUGCCUCAGCCAUCUCCACGCCCUCCGUGACCCUGAGGAAAGUCCAGAGUGAUGCCAACUCUGGUGCCCGGGGUGAAUCUGCCUCAGUGAGGACGUACUCCUGCUAAAGGACCACGAGGACUUCGACUGGAUCGGGACUGGACUUUGAGGACGCUCUCGCUCGUCCGCGUGGAGG